AUGCCGGUGCCUAUCGGCAAUCCCGGGGACCUGCUGUACACAUGCAUUCUCAAGAACGCGUGGGGUGCGGAGGUGUCUCCGCUGCACGACGUGCCGCUAUUCUCCUCUUCCGCCAGUUUCCACUUCGUCUGCCUCUGUCCACGUGGCUCCACGUACGACAUGGCCAUUUCGUUAACCGAACGUCUCAGUCCGUUAAAGUCUCGCCUCGUUAACAGAAACCUCUCGCGCCUGUCAGAGCCAUCUCCAUGGCACUUCGGCUUGCUGCCGCAGACCCUAGCGAACGAGGAAUUCCCAUCGGAAGUUGCCGGCUUGUCGAACGACAACCAGCCGCUCGAUGCGAUCGAAUUAGGGUUCGGCGUGCGACAGGUGGGCGACGUGUACGAGGUGCGACCCAUCGGCGCGUUUGGGCUCGUCGACCCGCUCACCAGGGCGCUUUCGUGGAAGGUUCUGGUGGUAGCGUGGGACGACCCGCUGUUCGGGCGCGCGACGGGCCUGGACGACGUGGAGUCGCUUUUCCCGGGGGUCACGGAUCGCCUGCGCACAUGGCUCGCGCGCUACCGCUCGAGGCCGGGACGAGCCCCCAAGGCGCAGGCGGUGUUUGCGCAGGGCGGGCGGCCGGCGUCCCUCGACACGGUGAUGCGCGUGGUGGCGGAGGCGAACGCGUGCUGGCAGCUCUUCAAGGCCACGCGCUGGCCCGACGCGCCCGCGCUCCCCGCCGCUGCUGCCGCUGCGCCCACCUACGACCAGCCGCAGCAGCAGCAGCAUCAGUGGGAAGGGGAGGUGCGGGUGGGAGCAGGCGGAGUGGCUUCGAGUCGCCGGCGGCGCAGCAGCCGCGGCAGCAGUGUGAGCAGUGGCGCUGGGAGCGGGGGUGGGGACAGCGGAAGCGUAGUGGAGUGGGGCGGGGGAGCGCAGGUGCUGCGGAUAGAGGGGGCGAUGGAGGGCGAGAGAGAGGCGUACGCGGGAGCGGAGAGACGCGGUAUGGAGAGGGGCGCAGGACCGGACGGGUGGAGGGGCAGGGGGGGUGGCAUGGCGCAAGCAGGCCCAGCUGCUGAUGCUGAUGCUGAUGCGCUUCACGGCGUUGACUCGCACGACUUGCUUGACCGUCAGUUUGAGCGGCUGAUGCAACCUGAUUUGUCGGACGCUGCACGCGCUGACAGCUUCGCGUUCCAUGACGUCAGCUGUAGCUCCCCCCCUGAGUGUUCUUAUAGCGAAAGCCCGCCUCGGCUACUGCAGUCUAGGAGCGAACCCGGGCCUGCUUAUAUCGGGGACGAGCAUGAUCCUGACGACGAGGAUGAGGAUGAGCAUAGGCACCGCCCGUUUGAAGAACAUCACCAUCCUUUUGAGGAGUAUUCGUUUAGCGAGCACUCGUUAGUGGAUCACUCGAUAGACAGCUCGUUAGACGGAGGAGCCGUGCAGCAGCGCGCACCCGCAGGCGACAGGGGGUGGGAUAGCCCCGACAGAACUGCCGCCUGGGGCGCGCAAGACGCCCGCGCGCACGCCGCGGAAGGGAGGGGGGUCUGGGAUGGGGUGAGCGGGGCGGAGGAUGUGCGGGGCGGAGUGGAUAGGGGAGGGGCAGGGGAUUGGCGCGGGGCGCAUGGGGGGGAGCGGUUGGAGGACGGGGUGGUGGGAGGUGCGAGAGAGCUGAGCUUCGCACGGGGCUUGGCGCGUGGCGACGGGGGCUGCGACGAUGGGCGACGAGGGGGUGAGUGGCGCGGGGCGGAGGGAUUAUUUGAUGGGGAGCGCGCGGAGGCGGGUGGAGCGGCGGAGGCGGAGCGGGAUGGGGGGACGUUUAGGGGGGGUUCAGGUGGAUUCGGGGUCGUAGAGGGUCCGCGUGGCGAUAUCCAGAUGGCGUGGGGUACGGGGGACGAGGGGGACGCGGAGGACGAUAGGGGCGCGGGACCCGCGUGGCACUCUGAUGGGUAUGCGCGCGGUUAUACCACCUCCGACGCUGACACUAGCGCGUGGGAGGGGCGCGAGGGGGACGAGGAGGAGGAGGAGGAGGAGGAGGAGGAGGAGGAGGAGGAGGAGGAGGAGGAAGAAGAGGAGGAGGAGGAAGGUGAGGAGGGAGAGGAGGAGGAGGGAGAGAGUGGCGCGGAGGAGAGUGCGGAGGGAAGUGAGGGGAGUGAGGGGAGUGAGGAGGGGAGUGAGGAGAGGAGUGAGGAGGGGAGGGAGGAGCGGGGGGAGGAGGGCAGGGAGGAAGGGAGAGAGGAGAGCAAUGGGGAUGAGGGGUACAGAGAGGAGCAUGGGCAGGAGGGCGUAUGGAUGGGCCGGGCGCGAGACGGGAGCGCGUAUGAGCCUGGCAUGGGCGGCGGCUUGAGUGGGGAGGUGGGCAGGGGUGUUGGUGGUGUGGGGCAGCAACAACACCCUGCGCACACCCCCCGCGCCCACCACCCCCUCGCUGCCAGCGCCGCCAGCAGCCCCACUGCCGCGCACCCCCCGCUCCCCUCCGCGCUGCACGCGCCCUUCACCCACGCGCCCGCCCACCCCUCUGACCGCCGCCGCUCCUUCCCCCUGCACGUGCACCGCCACUCGCUCUCCCACAUGCACCACAUGCGGCUGCCGCCUCACCAGCGCCAACAGGCGCAGCAGAGGGCGCAGGCGGGGGUGGGCGCGGAGCAACAGAUGCACAGGCAGGGCGCAUUAGACGAUGGCGCAAUGGGGGGCAGGGAAGGGCGGAUGGAGCAGAGCGGCCAAGCAGGGGCGGAGGGCGGGGUGGCGGGCGCAGGGGGCGCAGGGGGUGGAAGGGUGUUCCGCAAGGCCAAUUCCAGCUCCCCCCGCACGCUCAACCGCCCCUCCUCCGCCUCCAGCAGCCCGGGCAACGCGCCUGCGCGCCCCCCGGGGCAGGGGGGCGCGGCGCUGGAGCGGCCGCUGGCGCCACUGAGGAGAGACGCGGCGGCGCUCAUCCCGGGGCUGCUGAGGGCGCGGGGGAACGCGCAGGGGCGCAUCAUGCGCUCCCAGUCGCUCUGCCAGGGCGCGUUUGGGGACGUGCUGGCCGCCCAGAGCAGCGGAUCGCCUGGGGACCCCUCCCAUGCUGCUGGCGGUGCUGGUGGUGCUGGUUGUGGUGCGGUGGGUGGGGGUGCAGAUGGCAGCGGGGAGGUGCUAGAGCGGUCGAGGUCGUUCACAUCCGCGGAUGGCGCAGGGGGGGUGCCGCAGUGGGUGCAGCAGCGGCUGCAGCAGAACAUGUGGCAGGAGCAGGCGGGAUUGCGGCAGCAGCAGUCGCAGCAUCACCACCAGCAGCAGGAGCUGCAGCUGCAGCAGCGGCAGGAGCAGCAGCAGGAGGAGGAGCAGGAGGAGCAGGAGGGGAGCAGAGGGCGCAUGGCAGCACACGGAGCGUGGAUGCACGGGGAGCAGCAGGCGUCAGUGCCGCCACUCCCCCCUGCACCCGCCAGUAUAGGCGCGCCCCCCAUACCUCCCCGCUGGCCCCCCAACGCCCCCUUCCCCGCUCCCCCCUCCGCAGUGGCACGGUCCUCCUCAUCCCCCGCGCACGUCCCUGUUCCACCCGCCACGGCUGCCAUCCCCCCCCAGCACCCCCCUGCUCCCCCACAGCACCACAUGCGGCGAUCGCGCUCCAUGUCCCAGUCCGCCUUCGGCCCCUCCCUGCCCUUCCUCUCCCUCGCCCACCCCUCCCAUGCUCUCUCUCUCGCCUCGCCCCCCCCGCCGCCCCUGCCCCCGCCAUCACAGCAGCAGCAGCAGCAGCUGGUUUCCCCGUCCCAAGUGAAGCUGUCUCAGAGCUACAAUGCUGGGGAGGGCACCGUCCCUUCUUCCUCCCCUGCUCACACACACAACCUUACCCAGCGACCCCUCUCGCAAAUGCAGCGCCGCCACACCCUCCCCCCGCGCGUGCUCGAUGCUACCCCUGGGGGAGGGGUGGCAGGGGGAGGAAAGGGGGGCGGGGCGGAGGGUGAGCAGCAGGGGGAGUCUGAGCGUGGGGGAGGCAGUUGGGGGGAGCGGACAGGGGGGGAAGAGGGGGAAGAGGAGGACGAGUUUGUGAGGGCGGCAGCAGCGGUGUCAGGGGUGGAGGUGCUGGUGAGGAGGGCAGCGCGGGGCACAGAUAAGGACGCCAUGGCCCCCCCCCUCGGAGGCCCCGUGGGAACUGGCAUGGGAGCAGGUGUGGGAGGGGCGGAGGGGCGGGGAGGCGCUGGGCGAGAGGGCGAGGCUGGAGGGGCGCCCAGUGCGCCCGUAGAGGGUGUGAGAUCAGAAGGCGGAGGGUCCAGGCGGUUGGGUGCGGUGCCAGGCGGUGGUGGCAGGGGGCGGGGCCGCGCGGGUGCGAGGCGGCACAUGCGGUUUGCGAGUGUGGACCUGAGCCGUGCUGCGGACGGUCUGGGCUUUCAGAGGCAGCGCACGGUGUGCACUGUGGCAGGCAUUCCCGCCUCUGACUCCCUCCCCUCGCCCCCCUCCCACCCGCCCUCCUCCGCUCCCCGCCCUGCCCCUGCCUCCGCAUCCCACCGCCCCCUCCCUGCCACGCCCCACCCCUCUCAAGCUGCCGCCUCCCCCAUGCGCCCUCGCCCCCCCGCGGGCUCGCCCCCCUCUGCGCGCCCUGCGCUCUCCCACGUGCGCCACCCCUCCUACAUCUGGCCCCACGUGCACUCCGCCCCCCCCGCCCCCCCAGCCAGUGCAGCGCCGGCAGCAACGGCGAGUGCGGGUGGUGGGGCAGGCGAGGGGGAGGUGGGUGGUGGCUCUGCCAAGGGACGCGCUGGGGCAGGCACUAGGGGAGGGAUGGCGGCAGCGGCAGGGGGGGCAGCAGCAGCAACGAGCUCAGGAGGUGGCGGUGCUGCUUCCGCUGCUGCGGGCGGCCGUGCUGCUGCUUCUCCUGAUGCUGCAGCAGCUGUGCGUGGUGCUGGCAGGGGCUCCGGUGUGGGGGACACAGGUGAAGCAGAAGGGGGAGUGUUGUCCCCUCCCAGCAGCAGCGGGGGCGAGUGGGAGCAGUCUCCAGACCAUCUGUUCAUGCGCCACCAGACCACCCCCUGCCGCCUGCAGGGCGCCCACGCCCACGAGCACGCGCACACCCACGAGAACGCCCACGCGCACGGCCUGGCCCUGUCCCCUGCUGCUGCCCCUGGCAGCGCGGCAUCACUGGUCUCAGAUGGGCCGGGGUCGGAGGCGGGUAGCUCGUGGGGGGAUGGCGAGCAGUGGGAGGCACACAUGGCGCUGCACGGCGGUGCGGGGCAGGCGGGUGGGGCGGACGGGCAUGCGGAGGGGCAGUGGCAGGGCGGGCAGCAGCAGCAGCAGCAUGAGCGGCAGCUGUCUCCUCUGAAGCCGCGAGACGCAUCCCCACAGGCGAACCUGCAGCAGGUCCCGCCUCCCCACCUGCAGGCCACGUCGGCUCUGCACACACCGCCCCGCCGCUCCCCCCUGCAGCAGCAACAGCAGCAGCAGGGACAGCAGGGGCAGGCGCAGGGUCGCACUGUCGCUCCAUCGCUCACCGCACCCUCUGCCAUCCCGCACACUCUCUCACCUGCCCGCUCGCCUGCUUAUGCCACCUCCCAUGCUCCUCACCUCACUCCCUUGCAGCGACAGCAGCAGCAGCAGCUGCAGAAACUGCACCAGGCACAGACCGCCCCGGCAGCACAGGGGGGAUUCCGUAGCAUGAGUGUGGGCGCCGCACACCACACCUCACAAUAUACCUCCAAACCCUCUCAACCCGCCCUCCCCCCAGCCUCCCCCCAGCGCCCUAUUCCUGGCUUCUCCCCUCUGAUUGCCGCCCGCAAUUCCAUGUCUGCGCCAGCCGGGCAGAUGAAACACCGCAAGUCGGGCAGCUUCGACAAAGGUUCAGGGAAGCGGCGGGUUCCGGGCAGCCUGGGGAAGCUGAGGAUGAACAAGGAAAGGGGGUGGUGGGGUGGCAGCCCAGGGGUGGGGAGCGGUGCUGCUGCUCAUGGCAGUGGUGCUGUUGGUGGCCCUGGUGCAACUGGUGCUGCUGCUGCUGUUGCUGCUGCUGGUACUGCUGGUGGUGCCGGUGGUGGCAGUGGUGGUGGGAGGAGGCACGGGGGGCCAGCAGGGGGAGGGGGCAAGGCGUCGGUGGCAUCUGCGCUAAUCAGCCCGCGCAUUGUGGGCAAGUCCAUCUUCUCCCGCUCCGCCACCACUGCUGCCCCCUCCUCCUCCACCGCCUCCCACUCCACCGACCCGGACGCUGAUUCCCAUGGGACCUCCAAAGGCAACUGGCGGCGCCUGGUGGGCAAGCGGGCAGGCAGCCCGCAGCACGGCAGGUCGAGGGGCCACGGGGGCAGUGGUAGCAGCAGCAGCGGGCAUGGGGGGGUGGUUUCUCGCGCCGCGCGUGCGGUGACAGUGUUUAAAGCCGGGCACAAGGGGGGCGUGGGGCACAAGUUGGGGUUUAAGGGCAUGGGGGCGGUGAGUCUACCCCUCAUGGGGGGAGGAGGGGGGCACGGGGGGAUGCAUGACGGCAUGAGUCUGUUGACUGCAGGCGAAGAGGCUGUGGCCCUGGCACUGGCAGCAGCGGCGGCAGCGGCAGCGGCAGCAGCAGCGGCAGAGGUACCGUGGGUGGCGAUGGUGGUGCCGGGGGAAGAGGGCGAGGGGCUGCUGCCGUCAUCCCCGCAUGGGGGGCUGCUGUCACCGCUGCCGUUCAAGGCGGGGAAUGAGUGGGCGAUGGAGGUGCGCGCUCGCAUGCAGUGUGAUGAGACUGCCAGUGGUAACUAUGAGCUCUGGGACGAAGAGCUCGCUCCUCCUGCUGCUCCUGCUGGUGGUGGUGCAGGCGGGGAGGAGGGCGCACCAGCAGCAGGAGAUGUGGCAGGAGCAGCAGUGGCAGCAGAAGGUGGGAAGGAGGGAGCAGCAGGAGGUGGGGGGGGGGAGCGGGUGGGGCUGCAGAACAUGCUGGUGUUGGACCUCUACCCCGCCCUCUCCCCCCUCGUGCUCCACGCCCGCAAGGCACCACCUCGGCCACCUCAUGCCGAUGCUGCUGAUGCUGAUGGUGGUGAUGGUGAUGGUGAUGGUGGUGAUGGUGAUGGUGAUGGUGGUGGUGAGAUUGAAGCAGAAUUCAUGGGGGAUGGGAGUGGCGGGGAGGCGCAGCAUGAAGGUGAGGGAAUGGGGGGGAAGUUGGAGCAGGUGAAUGCAGGGGGGGAUGAUGGAGAGGCAGGUUCAGGUGGGAUUCAUGAGGAGGUUAGCAUCGCAAUGCUGGAAAGCAAUUCAGCACAGGAGAGUCAAGGCUGUGGGCAGGUGAUAUCUGGGGAAGCUGCACCUGUGCUAGCUGGUGCAGGAAUGGACCAGGAGGCAAGGGCUAGUUUGAAAGAGGUUGCUAUUUAUCAGCCUGUGCUUGUAUAG